GGCGUGAUGUGAGCGAAUGCAAAACAGCCAUUGGCUCAGAAAGCAACCAAUCAGUGUCAGCGGAGAAACUUCAGAGAAGAACUGCAGGGUUUGGAUUUCAGAGUUGGGAGAACGAUUUUGGCACUGACACAAAGAGGACGGUCGUCUAUCCCCCUAAAACGCCAUCCCUGCUUUUUUACAUGCCUGUCCGUUUAUACCCUCUUCUGAGAAACAAUAAGACGCAUUAGAGGCUGCGGGAUGUACACGGCCGGGCUGAACCCGUUUUACGCGUCAAAUGUUAGCCUCUGGUCUGCUUACUGCGCGGGGGGCUUCGCUGUGGAUACGAUGAAGAAACCCUCGUUUUGCAUCGCAGACAUUUUGCAGGCUGGAGAUGGAGAGAACAUCCCGGGAUCGUCGGCCCUCAUGUUGCAUAUGGGACACCACCACCGCGCGCAGCACGGGCACUCCGGCAGCUCGCCGCUGCGCCCUUCUCCCGUCGCGCCCGAGCCGUCGGUGUACGGCGCGAGGGUGAGUCCGACGUCUCCUUACCACAGACACGGACUACAGCUCACAUCAGUCAGAACUGCAUUUAACUCCCAACAAGCUCCCCCGCCUUCAAGCAAAGACCUCAAAUUCGGAAUUGAUCGGAUAUUGUCGACAGACUUUGAUCCAAAAGGCAAAGAAAAGUCGUCAUUAAAAGAUCUCACAUCCAUCGUUAGCUCGAACCGUCAGUCAGGGAUCCACAUCCCCAUUCAGCCUCCGGCCAGCCAGUACUUCUCCUGCAUAGACCCCGGGAUGAGCGACGCGUCCUCCAUGAUGAAUUCACUAGGCAGCAGCAGCAGCAGGCAUUCAGGCCAGCAUCAGUUUCAGGACACCUUCCCAGGUCCGUAUGCUGUCCUCACUAAAGACACCAUGCCACAGACGUACAAGAGAAAAAGGUCGUGGUCGAGGGCAGUGUUUUCAAACCUGCAGAGGAAAGGACUUGAGAAGAGAUUUGAAAUACAGAAAUAUGUCACCAAGCCGGACAGAAAACAGCUGGCUGCGAUGCUCGGGCUGACAGACGCUCAGGUGAAGGUGUGGUUCCAGAACAGACGCAUGAAGUGGAGACACUCCAAAGAGGCCCAGGCUCAGAAGGACAAGGACAAGGAGCAGGCGGACAAGAGUGCGUCUGAGUCCGGCAGCAGGGAGCCUAAAGAGCCGGCUGAGGAGUCCGAGUGUGAGAGCGAGGGACGGAGCGAGUGUGAAUCCGACGACGCUCCGGAGGAGAACUCGGACGGACUUUUGGACAUUUCUGAGCAAACAAACCAAACCAGCGUGAUCAUGAGCGGGAGCGGGCCGGCGAGCAGCGCGGAGGCGGCGGUCACAGUCACAGACACGGAGGCCUCUCAGAUACUGAAAUGAAGGCUUUAGUCUAUGAACAAUGACUUUUAUUUUUAUUUUUUUGACAGAAGAACGACAGUGAUGUUAAAACGCACUUGGAGUGUCAAUCCAAUGCCACUAUAAGGUGUCUGCGACCUAAAGCCAGGGCUGUAUCGGUCUAAUUCCUGGGAACAAGUGGAGCAACAUUGUUCACAUGACACAUUAUUUUGGCCCAGACAAGCAACAUAGCCCAAAAUCAUUUGUUGAUUUUAUUAGAUUUUGUCUCGUUUUUUUCCGGCUCUCUUCAGAGCUCUAAUGCUAAAAACGAGGCUAUUUUAAAUGUAACGUCCGGCCACCUCCAGUGUCUCCUUACUGUCGUUUUCCUCUCAAGAGCUUUCGUGUGCAUCAUGUUUUCCUCAUCUGAAGGAAACAAUGCGGUUGUGAAUUUCAUUUUUAGGUUAUGAACCACUCGUUUCACGUGAUCGAUGAAAUCUCAGAACAUCACAGCAGUGUUCAUGUAUGUGUUUUGUUUGGAUAUAUAGUUGUGCUAUUUUGUUAAUAAUAAUUUGCACUGAAAAUAUUGUAAAUAAAAUGUUUCAUACUUUGAAAA